UAAAUCUAGUAAAAAUUAACCAUGUCAGGAAGAGGCAAAACCGGCGGAAAAGCCCGCGCUAAGGCAAAGACUCGCUCCUCUCGUGCUGGACUCCAGUUCCCCGUCGGUCGUGUGCACAGGCUGCUGCGCAAAGGCAACUACGCUCAGCGUGUGGGUGCCGGCGCCCCCGUCUACCUGGCCGCUGUGCUCGAGUACCUGACCGCUGAGAUCCUAGAGCUGGCUGGAAACGCCGCCCGCGACAACAAGAAGACCCGUAUCAUCCCCCGCCACCUGCAGCUGGCCGUCCGCAACGACGAGGAGCUCAACAAACUCCUGGGCGGAGUGACCAUCGCUCAGGGCGGCGUGCUGCCCAACAUCCAGGCUGUUCUUCUGCCCAAGAAGACCGAGAAGCCCGCCAAGUCCAAGUAAACCACAACAACUCCUCAAGCAAACAAACA